AUGCACACCAUCACCUGGCUCAUAGUGACCCUCGGUCUAUCGACUUCGACUUUUGGCCGUCUCAAUCAUAGUCAUUCCCGCCUCAACAAGCGCCACCACCACGAGCUCGCCGCUCGAGCCCCUUUCCCUGCCUUGUCUCUCGGCGACUCUGACCCGUCGGCCGACCACCUCGACAAGCGCGGCGACUACAGUCUCGACAGCGUCGGUGCUGCUCUCAAGCUGUCUUUUAGUGACGUUGCGACGUACUCGGCUCCUGCAUCGCAAGCCGUCCCUGCCCAAGCCGCCUCUCUCUUUGCCGGACCGACCGCCGAGGAGCUCGCCUCGGCCAAAGCGGCCAAAGCGCUCAAAGAGAAGAAGGCCGCCGCCAAAGCUCGUCAUGAAGCAGCUUCAAAAGCAUUCGCGGCCAGGGUCAAGUCUGCCGAGAAUGCUAGAGCCAAGAAGGCCGCGCUGAUCAAGUCCAAGGCCGAGGCGUAAGUCACGUGACCCUUGCUCCCCUCGUCGUUUCAUCGCUUGGACCUUUACAACCCUUGUACUCGACCGCAUCUCUAAUUAUGUGAUCUCUAUUUGACUGCAAUAGUGCCGAGAAGAAGGCAGAAGAAGAAGCCGCUGCUGCCAAGGCCAAGAAGUGAGUCUGACGGAUAGAAAUUUCGUGCUCGAUGUGCUAGACCACUAACGACUCUGUGCGCAUUUUCCUUGGUCAGAGUUGCCGCCAAAAAGGCCUCAGAGACGGCCGCAGAGAAGGCCGCAAAGAAGGCCGCAAAGGAAGCCGCAAAGAAAGCCGCUGAAGUGAAGGCUGCUGCUGAAAUCGCCGCCAAGAAGAAGCCUGCCGCCAAGAAGAAGACCGCGUCGGUGCAAACAAAGUACGUUGCGAGCGCACUCGUGUUGCUAUCCUGUCAUCAAUCGCUGACGCUGACGCUGCCUCCUCGUCUUGAUUCAUCGCAUGGCCCUGCCGCCUUUUCAGGCUCAGCGUAGUGAGCGAUGAUGGCGGUGACAGUUCAUCAUCAGCGUCCACUGGCAAGGGUCUCAUCGGUUUUGUCUCGGAGAACUGCGGACCAUCCGGCGCCACCGAAGAAUUCCCGAACGGCUCCGAAAGCUUCUUGAACUGCGGUAUCAGCAAAAGCAACCCUGAUUCGGGAUGGACACCUCCCAAGGGCAUUCGGUUGGACCACAUCGCCACUGUCAGCAUCGAAGAGGCGCUCGCCAAGAACCCCAUCUGGGCCCCCUGCGCCAAAUUCACCGAGCUGUUCGAAAAGGUCGCCGAGAAAACGAAUUUGCCGCCCAUUCUGUUGAUGGCUCUUGCUCUCCAAGAGGUGGGUUUUGCUUGGGUCCGUAACCAGGAAGGAGGGCCUCCUCGAGAGUGGAGUUAUUAAACUGACCGACCGCGUCUCUUUCUACGCAGUCGACGUGCAUGGAGGAUACGAUUGGCGAUAGCGGCGGUGCCUUUGGCUUGAUGCAGAUCACCGAAACCAAGUGUGGUGGUCGAAACGCAAAAGACUGCUCCGCACCAGAGUACAACGUCUUGACGGGCGCGCAAUACUUGCGCGACGAGAUCGAUCGCCAAAACGGCGCCUUCCUCGUCGCUCUUGGUCAAUAUAACGGCUGGUACCCCGGUUUGAGCUACAACAUAGCUAUAGCACCUGCAAAAGAGGGUCAUUGCGAGUGGCAGCAGAACUUGGAUUACUUUGAACAAGUUCUAAACGGUUGGCUCCUCGGUAGGACCGGCUACACGAUGGGUUCCAUGAAGAAUCUGGCCAACUGCCAUUGA